UUACUAGCUGGUUUCCUUCUGUUCAGUAGCUUCAUCUGGCCAGGAUGGUCUAUGCUUCAGAUUGCAAAAGCAUGAGAAGAUUCGGUAACUGAGAGGCUUCCUUCAGGCUGCUGGAAAAUAUUACAGAAGGAGCACAUCCCAAAUUUUGCUUCAGACUCUGAAGAAUGGUUUACGCCACAGAGAGAGCUUAAUCUUACUCUGGAUCGAAGUAAAUGCUAACGAAGCAGUGAACUGGGACUCUAUGCAGACUCCGGGCUUAUCUUGAUAGGAUUGGGUGUAUGUUGUUGCAACUGGCAGGCCAGGAGGCCCUGAAACCAGCAGGUGCCAUCUGUAUGGAGAAAAGCGGCUGUAGUCCAUUUCCAAUGUGUUGGGCUAAAGAAUAUGAUAGAUACCUAGCAUCCAGCAAAAUAAUGGCAGCUGCUUACCUUGAUCCCAACUUGAACCACACGCCACACUCAAGUGCUAAGACCCACCUGGGUCCUGGCAUGGAACGUUCCCCUGGUGCCAUGGAGCGAGUAUUGAAGGUCUUUCAUUAUUUUGAAAGCAAUAGUGAGCCAACCACCUGGGCCAGUAUUAUCAGGCAUGGAGAUGCUACUGAUGUCAGGGGCAUCAUCCAGAAGAUAGUGGACAGCCACAGAGUGAAGCACGUGGCUUGCUACGGGUUCCGCCUCAGCCACCUGCGGUCGGAGGAGGUUCACUGGCUGCAUGUGGACAUGGGUGUCUCCAGCGUGAGGGAGAAGUAUGAGCUUGCCCAUCCUCCGGAGGAGUGGAAAUAUGAAUUAAGGAUUCGUUACUUGCCAAAAGGAUUUCUGAACCAGUUUACUGAAGACAAGCCAACUCUGAAUUUCUUCUACCAACAGGUAAAGAGCGACUACAUGCUAGAGAUAGCAGACCAAGUGGACCAGGAAAUUGCUUUGAAGUUGGGUUGUCUAGAAAUACGGCGAUCAUACUGGGAGAUGCGCGGCAAUGCACUGGAAAAGAAGUCUAACUAUGAAGUGUUAGAAAAAGAUGUUGGUUUAAAGCGAUUUUUUCCUAAGAGUUUACUGGAUUCUGUCAAGGCCAAAACUUUAAGAAAACUGAUCCAACAAACAUUUAGACAGUUUGCCAACCUUAAUAGAGAAGAAAGUAUUCUGAAAUUCUUUGAGAUCCUCUCUCCAGUGUACAGAUUUGAUAAAGAAUGCUUCAAGUGUGCCCUGGGGUCAAGCUGGAUUAUUUCAGUGGAACUGGCAAUCGGCCCCGAAGAAGGGAUCAGUUACCUAACAGACAAGGGCUGCAAUCCCACACAUCUGGCUGACUUCAACCAAGUGCAGACCAUUCAGUAUUCCAACAGUGAAGACAAAGACAGAAAAGGAAUGCUACAGCUCAAAAUCGCAGGUGCACCCGAGCCUCUGACAGUGACAGCCCCAUCCCUGAGCAUCGCCGAGAACAUGGCGGACCUAAUAGACGGGUACUGCCGGCUGGUGAGCGGAGCCACGCAGUCCUUCAUCAUCAGACCUCAGAGAGAAGGUGAACGGGCAUUGCCAUCAAUACCCAAGUUGGCCAACAGUGAGAAGCAAGGCGUACGGACACAUGCGGUCUCUGUGUCAGGAGUCAGUCACUGCCAACAUAAAGUUAAGAAAGCUAGGCGCUUUCUCCCUUUGGUCUUCUGUUCCCAUGAACCUUCUCCUGCCGAUGAAAUUAGUGGGGACGAGACGGACGACUAUGCCGAGAUAAUCGAUGAAGAAGAUACUUACACCAUGCCCUCAAAAAACUAUGGAAUAGAUGAAGCCAGGGACUAUGAGAUUCAAAGAGAAAGAAUAGAACUCGGACGCUGUAUUGGAGAAGGCCAGUUUGGAGAUGUGCAUCAAGGCGUGUACAUGAGUCCAGAGAAUCCAGCUUUGGCUGUCGCAAUUAAAACAUGUAAAAACUGUACUUCGGACAGCGUGAGAGAGAAAUUCCUUCAAGAAGCCUUAACAAUGCGUCAGUUUGACCAUCCUCACAUUGUGAAGUUGAUUGGCGUCAUCACAGAGAACCCCGUGUGGAUAAUCAUGGAGCUGUGCACACUGGGAGAGCUGAGGUCAUUUUUGCAAGUAAGGAAAUACAGCUUGGAUCUGGCAUCUCUGAUCCUAUAUGCCUAUCAGCUCAGUACUGCACUGGCGUAUCUGGAGAGCAAAAGAUUUGUACACAGGGACAUUGCUGCUCGAAAUGUCCUGGUAUCCUCAAAUGAUUGUGUAAAAUUAGGAGACUUCGGAUUAUCUCGGUACAUGGAAGACAGUACUUACUACAAAGCUUCCAAAGGAAAAUUGCCUAUUAAAUGGAUGGCUCCAGAGUCAAUCAAUUUUCGACGUUUUACCUCAGCUAGUGACGUGUGGAUGUUUGGUGUAUGUAUGUGGGAGAUUCUGAUGCAUGGUGUGAAGCCUUUUCAAGGAGUGAAGAACAAUGAUGUGAUCGGUCGAAUUGAAAAUGGGGAAAGAUUACCAAUGCCUCCAAAUUGUCCUCCUACCCUCUACAGCCUUAUGACGAAAUGCUGGGCCUAUGACCCCAGCAGGCGGCCCAGGUUUACUGAACUUAAAGCGCAGCUCAGCACGAUCCUGGAGGAAGAGAAGGCUCAACAGGAAGAACGGAUGAGGAUGGAGUCCAGAAGACAGGCCACCGUGUCUUGGGACUCUGGAGGGUCCGACGAAGCACCACCCAAGCCCAGCAGACCUGGUUACCCUAGUCCUCGCUCCAGUGAAGGAUUUUACCCCAGUCCACAGCACAUGGUGCAGAGCAAUCAUUAUCAGGUGUCUGGCUACCCUGGUCCACAUGGACUCACAGCCAUGGCUGGCAGCAUCUACCCCGGCCCAGCAUCUCUCUUGGACCAAUCAGAAUCGUGGAAUCAUAGGCCCCAGGAGAUACCCCUAUGGCAGCCCAACAUGGAGGACUCGACAUCACUGGACCUGAGAGGAAUGGGGCAGGUGUUGCCCGCCCACCUGAUGGAAGAGCGACUGAUCCGACAGCAGCAGGAAAUGGAAGAAGAUCAGCGCUGGCUGGAGAAAGAGGAGAGAUUUCUGAAACCUGAUGUGAGGCUAUCUCGAGGCAGCAUUGACAGGGAGGACGGGAGUCUUCAGGGUCCGACUGGAAACCAACACAUCUAUCAGCCUGUGGGCAAACCAGAUCCUGCAGCUCCACCAAAGAAACCUCCACGCCCCGGAGCCCCUGGCCACCUGGGCAGCCUCGCCAGCCUCAGCAGCCCUGGGGACAGCUACAACGAGGGGGUCAAGCCAUGGAGGCUUCAACCCCAGGAAAUCAGUCCCCCUCCCACUGCCAACCUGGACCGGUCCAAUGACAAGGUGUAUGAGAACGUGACGGGCCUGGUGAAAGCUGUCAUCGAGAUGUCCAGUAAAAUCCAGCCAGCCCCACCCGAGGAGUACGUCCCUAUGGUGAAGGAAGUUGGCUUGGCCCUGCGGACACUAUUGGCUACCGUGGAUGAGACCAUUCCUGUCCUCCCAGCCAGCACACACCGAGAGAUCGAGAUGGCACAGAAGCUGCUCAACUCUGACCUGGGAGAGCUCAUCAGCAAGAUGCGGCUGGCCCAGCAGUGCGCCAUGACCAGCCUGCAGCAGGAGUACAAGAAGCAAAUGCUGACUGCCGCCCACGCCCUCGCAGUGGAUGCCAAGAACCUGCUGGAUGCCAUUGACCAGGCGAGACUGAAGAUGCUUGGGCAGGCAAGGCCGCAUUGAGCCCGCCCGGGGGCUGUACUUCUUCCCUGGGAAGGUGUUUACCGGCCUUCCACCAGCAGCCAGAGCCAGCGUGUCCUCAGGCGCCAGCAUCACAGCUCCAGCCGAGCAAUGGCUGGCUGAAAACCUCUCACAUAAGUUCACAUCUUGACUUGGGUUCAUUUUUGUUAUUCUUUUUAAAUCAUGGGGUUCAGAAAAGUCUGAGGUCCAUAAUGUGGCAUUUUUCAAGAAUGAAAAUUAUACAUUAAGAAGCUUUUAAGAACAUGAAGGCCAGAUGCAAUGGUGCAUGCCUGUAAUCCCGACAACUGGGGACACUGAGGCAGGAAGUUUGCCAGUUUAAGGCCAGCUUCAGCAACUUUGCAAGACCCUGUGUCAAAAUGAAAUUAAAGCAGAAAUGUGAAGCGCAGUUGGUAUUCCUGUUGGGGUGUUUUAGUGGGAAUGGCCUGGGGGCUGUGUUCAUUCCUGACCUGCCUUCACUGAAUAUAGGAAGAAGAGAAUGUGGUGAAGAAUCCCAGGAGACCCAGGAGGCUAAGGAUUCCUUUCUUGCCAUAGCAUUAUUAUCCAGACUGGGGUUUGGCUAGAACACCCUUCUGUUGCAAUAUGCUAAUCCCAUUUACAAAGAAAGAAUAUAAAAGCUAUAUUUUGAAGACUCAAAUCAUUUCAGAAAAAAACUAGCACCCUUCUGUCUCCCGCCUUUCACUUUAUGUGGACAUGGAAGCGCUGGGCUGGAGCCAGCUGCAGAGCCCAGCCAAGACUCAAAACUCGUGUCUUCUCACCAGGAUAAUGUGCCCGUUGUUUGUAGCAGUGUAAUUUCUCAUGGAAGCAGAAACACUUUGUACCAGAGCACCUCCAAACUGCAGCGAGGAGUCCAGAACCACCGUUUUCCAUUUUUAUAUGAUUUAUAAGGAAAGAUUAAAGCCAUGUUGACCCCUCACAGCCACGGGCGCUGGCUGACCCUCAUCGUGUCUGUCUUCCCCACAGAGAACUAAGCGGGACGCAGGGGUUUGGUUCUCUAGAUGUCCAGCUAUUGCACCAUCGUCCUCUUAGAUCAUUCUGAAGAACACACCCUCCCUUUAGUUUGUCGGGGGAUAUGAAUUAUUCUCAGGAAGAAUAUAAUGAACUGUACAGUUACUUUGACCUAUUAAAAAGGUGUUGCCGUAA